AAAGGCGCGCUGGUGUGGGGCCGCCCCUUCUCUCGGGGCUGGCUCGGGAGUAGCGCUGUUGCCGAAGCCGCAGCUGCCAAAGCCGCAGCCACCAGCCGGGCAUGGCCAUGGCGUCCCCGGCUGUCGGGCAGCGCCCGUACCCGUUACUCUUGGAUCCCGAGCCGCCGCGCUAUCUGCAGACCCUGAGCGGCCAGGAGCCGCCGCCGCCGCCCCACGACCGGUCCUCGCGCCGCUGUGUCCCGGCGCCCCUCUCCACUGCGCCUGGGGCGCAUGAGGGGCGCAGCGCCCGGAGGGCUGCCAGGGGGAACCUGGAGCCCCCACCCCGGGCCUCCCGACCCGCUCGCCCGCUCCGGCCUGGACUGCAGCAGAGACUGCGGCGGCGCCCUGGAGCGCCCCGACCCCGCGACGUGCGGAGCAUCUUCGAGCAGCCUCAGGAUCCCCGCGUCCCGGCUGAGCGAGGCGAGGGGCACCGCUUCGCCGAAUCGGUGCUGCCGGUCGGCCCCGGCUGGUGUGACCUGUGCGGACGAGAGGUGCUGCGGCAGGCGCUGCGCUGCGCUAACUGCAAAUUCACCUGUCACCCAGAGUGCCGCAGCCUGAUCCAGCUGGACUGCAGUCAGCAGGAGGGUUCAUUCUGGGACAGAUCUUCUCCAGAAAGCACCCUCACCCUGACCUUCAGCCAGAAUGUCUGUAAACCUGUGGAGGAGACACAGCGUCCACCCACACUGCAGGAGAUCAAGCAGAAGAUCGACAGCUACAACACGCGAGAGAAGAACUGCCUGGGCAUGAAGCUGAGUGAAGAUGGCACUUACACGGGUUUCAUCAAAGUGCAUCUGAAGCUCCGACGGCCUGUGACAGUGCCUGCCGGGAUCCGGCCCCAGUCCAUCUAUGAUGCCAUCAAGGAGGUGAACCUGGCGGCUGCUACGGACAAGCGGACAUCCUUCUACCUUCCCCUCGAUGCCGUCAAGCAGCUGCACAUCAGCAGCACCACCACCGUCAGUGAGGUCAUCCAGGGGCUGCUCAAGAAGUUCAUGGUGGUGGACAAUCCCCAGAAGUUUGCACUUUUUAAGCGGAUACACAAGGAUGGACAAGUUCUCUUCCAGAAACUCUCCAUUGCUGACUGCCCCCUCUACCUGCGCCUGCUUGCUGGGCCUGACACGGAGGUCCUCAGCUUUGUGCUAAAGGAGAAUGAAACUGGAGAGGUGGAGUGGGAUGCCUUCUCCAUCCCUGAACUUCAGAACUUCCUAACAAUCCUGGAAAAAGAGGAGCAGGACAAAAUCCAACAAGUGCAAAAGAAAUAUGACAAGUUUAGGCAGAAACUGGAGGAGGCCUUAAGAGAAUCCCAGGGCAAACCUGGGUAACCGGUCCUACUUCCUCUCCUCCCGGUACCCUCGGAUUUAUUUUUAUUAUUAAUUAUUAUUUUGCAACAGACACUUUUUCUCAGGACACCUCUGGCGGGUGCAUUUGUGCCUGUCCAACAGUUCCAGAUGUGGCAAAAGUCUCUUCCAUGGACAAGUGUUUGCACGGGGCUUCAGCUGUGCCCGCCCCCAGACUGUGCCCCACCAGACUCUGCCAAGGAUCAGAACUCAUGUGAAACAAACAGCCGACGUCCUCUCUCAUCUACAAGCCUUUCACCAACCAAACAGCUGCCUCUCUCGUCACCAAACUGGAACCUCACACCAGCCGGCAAAGGAAGGAAGGCUUUAGAGCGGUGUGUUCUUUCUCUGGCUUUGAUUCUUCUUUGAGUUCUCUUAUUUGCCACCUACAGUACCUUUAUUUAAAAAGCUAUAGCACAUUCCUUUUGCAGGUCUGAGCUAAGCCCCUGAAAACAGGAUAAUGCUCAUAAAAGGACUGUUCCCACGGCCCACAGUGCCUGUUGUUCACACUUAAGGGAAGCUUAUAAAGCUCCUGGCCCCAGAUGCUCAGGGUAAGGAGCACCAAAGCUGAGGCUGGCUCAGAGAUCUCCGGAGAAGCUGUAGCCUGCCCUGGCCCUGGCCUGGCCCUGGCCCACAUUGCACAUGGAAACCCAAAGGCAUAUAUCUGUGUUAUGUGUGGUACCUAGUCACAUCUUUGUCAACAAACUGUUUGUUUUUAAGUUACGAAUUUGAAUUUAAUGUUGUCAUCAUCCUCAAGUGUUUCCCCAAGGGGAAGCCAGCCAUUGACCAUUUAAAAAGUCUCCUGCUGAGUAUAAAAAUCAGGCAGUAAGAGAAAGCCAAAAAGUGAUGCAGAGAAAUGUGUCCAAGCUGUCUUCAGCCUUCCCCAGCUAGAGAGCGGAGGAGGGCCUGGGCUGCUUGGGUUCCCCCUCGGCUUCCAGCACUGCCUCCCUCCUCCCACUGGGACUCUGGGAUCUCCCAGUGCUGUCCAAGGAGUUGCCUUGAUUACAAAGAGGGGGGCCUCCAAUUCGGCCAACUUGGAGUCCUUUCUGUUUUGAAGCACGGGCCAGCCCCAGCACUGCACGCAGAGAGCCGGUGGGCCUGGCCUCCCCGUCGACCUCAGUGCCUUUUUGUUUUCAGAGAGAAAUAGGAGCAGAGUGAGUUUGCCUGAAGCUCUGCUGCUGGCUCCUCCUGUCAGGAAGUGGACAAUGGCCGCGGUGUGGGAGACAAGGCCAGGAGAGCCCGCGCUCAGCACGGUGUGAGGGUCACAGACCUCCCUCCCAUCUGGGUGCCUGAGUUUUGACUCCAAUCAGUGAUAUCAGACCACAUUGACAGGGAGGAUCAGAUUCCUGACUCUACAUUUGUACUGGCUUCUUGUUUAGGCUGAAUCCUAAAUUAGCCAAACAAUUCCAACAAGUAGCCAAGACUGCAAAGACACUCCAAUGCAGAGGGAGAAGGACUUGUAAUUUUCAAAGCAGGGCUGGUUUUCCAAUCCAGCCUCCGAGAAACCAUUUCUUGGCUAUCCUCUGCCUUCCCAAGUACCUCUUGGGUGGGAUCAAGCCCAAGCUUGUUUGUGUAGCUUCAGAAGUUCCCUCCCUGACCCAGGCUGAGUCCAUACUGCCCCUGAUCCCAGAAGGAAUGCUGACCCCUCGCCGUAUGAACUGUGCAUAGUCUCCAGAGCUACAAAGACAACACAAGCUCGCAACUCUUAAGAUUUUUUUAAACCACAAAAACCCUGGUUAGCCAUCUCAUGCUCAGCCUUAUCACUUCCCUCUCUUAAAAAAACUCCCUCCCUGCUGUAUAUUAAAGGGAGCAGGUGGAGAGUCAUUUCCCUUCGUCCUGCAUGUCUCUAACAUUAAUAGAAGGCAUGGCUCCUGCUGCAACCGCUGUGAAUGCUGCUGAGAACCUCCCUCUAAGGGGAUGGCUAUUUUAUUUUUGAGAAGGAAAAAAAAAGUUAUGUAUAUAGACACAUAAAGGCAUAUAGCUAUAUAUAAAGAGAUAAGGGUGUUUAUGAAAUGAGAAAGUUAUGGGACAAUUCAGACUUUAUCUAAAGCACUGUUAGACCCAAGGCCUGUGCUGAGGUCUACGCCUCCGAAGAAAGUACAGUAUAGGUUACCCUUUCCCUCCCAGAAGUGGGAGUAACUGCUGGUAGUGCCUUCUCUGGUUGUGUUGCUCAGUGUGUAAGUGUUUGUUUCAAGGAUAUUUUCUUUUUAAAUGUCUUUCUUAUAGGGGUUUUAAAAAAAAGUAAUAAAAGCCUGUUGCAAAAAUGA